CGUUGGACUGCUAGAAAAACAAAAGAAGAUGAUCAGAAGAUCUACUCUGAUAAUGAUAUGCCAGAUAUGGUAAGUCAGCGCCCGCUACUAUUUCCUGUGCUGUAGUGUCUUGCGUGUCCCCCAUUACCUUGUAGCUCAGCGCUCGACUAUACAGACGACGUCGUGACUCGUUUCUGAUUCUGAAAUGUCUGCUCCAGUCAAGAUUUAUGUUUAUGACCUCAGCAAGGGUCUCGCCGGCCAGCUCUCCUUGCAGCUCACCGGUAGGCAAAUAGAUGGUGUCUGGCAUACCUCAGUGGUGGUUUUCGGGAAGGAAAUCUUCUAUGGACCAGGCAUUUGUGAGACUGAGCCCAGUCGGUCCCAUCACGGGUCGCCCCUGAGGAUCAUUGAUAUGGGCGAGACAUGUAUAGAUGAGCAGACAUUUGACGAAUACCUCAGCGAGAUAAAGGAGCACUACACUGCAGACAAAUACCAUCUGCUAGACUUCAACUGCAACUCAUUUACUAACGAUUGCCUCGGAUUUUUGACUGGAAGCUCGCUUCCAUCAUAUAUCAAAGAUCUACCAUCCGACUUCCUAUCAACACCAUUUGGUGCUGCCUUACGACCAACUAUCGAUGCCAUGUUUAGAGGCAAGGCUUCUACCGGCGUACUAACUCCUCCACCAGAUAUCGCACCAACCACAAGUGCCUCACCCAAUCCGGCAUUGGCUUCAUCCUUGCUGCAGGCUGUAGCGUCCAGCGCAACAUCCAACAGCUCUGGAGCCCCCUCCUCAUCCAGGAACUACCUUCCAACACCUGCACCAACAUCACCUCCUACACCGGUCCAGAGCAACACACUUACUACCCCCGUGCACAUUGCUACAAACCCCUCAUCUUUCCAUAACGUGCUUCGCACGCACCGCGCUGUGGUUGCAUUCUUCACGAGCGCAACAUGUGGGCCUUGCAGGAUGAUUGAGCCUGUGUUCGAAGAUCUUGCAAGGAGCAAGAGCCGAGCCAAUGAUGUCGCAUUUGUUAAAAUAGAUUUGAGCGUCGGAAUGAGCAAUGCAGUGGGCGGCGAGUAUGGUGUCAAAGUGACACCGACGUUUGUUCUCUUCUUGGAUGGGACGAAAACACAUGAGUUAAAGGGUGUCAAUGCACCUGAACUGCGCACACAAGUCGACUUGCUCCUUUAUCAGGCGUUUCCUCCACAUCCACACACGACGAUAUCCCUUCCCGCGAUUGAAGCCAUAUCCCUCAAUGCCAUCCUGUCCUCUCAAGUUCCGAAUCUCGAUACUGCACUUGCGAAAGUGACGGGGUUCAUAGAUGCUGCUCCUUCAUGGUCUGGUUCCACUACGAAAGAAGACACGAAGCAAAUUUUCACUAAGAAUAUCAUUCCAUACCUCAAAGCACGAGGAUCUUCACCACCCCCUAAUAUCUCUUUCGAGCCUUGGAAAGACGCGACGACAAGCCUUGUGACGAAUCUUUCUGCAGGAGAAUUAUUCCCUGUGGCAGAUAUGUGGCGCGUUGCACUGCUUGAACCAGCCGUGUGCGGUUGGAGUGCAACGAAACUCGGUCAUGAAAGCCCGAUUGUCGUCUUGUUAUCCAAGGCUGAAGGCGCGCCAAGGAAUUACACCCUCACGCUCCUUCGGAUGAUUUCAAAUGCGUUUGCGAACAAGGUUAUAGCACGAGAACUUCUUCUUUCAUCUCGAAGUAGCAUUACAGCGGUUCUAGUCGCUGGCUUGCUGCACGAAGAUGCGACUGUAAGGAUGGCAGCAGCCAGCCUAGCCUUCAAUAUGGCUGCACACCUUCAGGGGCUAAGAGUAGAGAAGGUGCGGGGGAAUGCUGAAGGGGAGGAUGUGGGCGAGAAUGAAGACUGGGACGUUGAGAUGACGAGCGCUCUUCUGGAAGUUAUAGAGCGGGAGAAGACGAACGAAGCAAUAGUUCACCGUCUAACAGCGUCACUGGCAUUGCUGAUCCGGUUAUCGCCGUCAAUUGACCAGCUGACUCCCUUGCUAGAGGUUCUGCAGGCUCGGACAAUACUCAAGGAUAAAUUGGAGCAAGGCGGAUGUGGAGACACGGGGGUCGUUAAGAAGGAGGUCCGCAAGCUAAUUGGGGAGGUUGCUGAGAAGCUUUGUCCUUGAUCGUGGAGUGUUUUCUCCUCGUCGUACCGAGUGCAUUGAUAUCAUGUGUAUACGUGUCUAAGAAUAUAGGUACCUUGCACAAUCUAUGUAGUCUAGGGCUAUUUGAGGGUCAUUCAAGGUGCACAUUUCUGGAGAAGGAAUCGAAGGAUGAGUGCUCUCCCAGUGCGCGAAGUUCAGCGGGCGGCAUUUCGCGCGCUUUAGAAUAUCACGAGCACAUGAAUAACCGGAAAGCCGACG